AUGGACAAAAAACAUCAAAACGACAAGGACAAUACAAUGCUCCAUUUGAAUACACAACAAGCAAAUACUGAUGAUAUGGGAAAACCUAUCCAGACCGGUAAAGCUGAGCCUCGUCGCCGUUCAAGUGUGGAUAGUGGUAUUUCUCCCACGUACAUGGAUGAUCAUGGUCAUAUCAUUUCCACUUCACCUCAAGGGAGUUCUUAUGGUUCUCCUCUCUAUGGUGAUGCCAAUCGUGUCUAUUUUUCUCAUCAUUCAACAUGCAUUUGUAAGGGAUCUGGUGUUGGCUGUGAUUGUUCCCGUACUUGUAGUUGCUGA